AUGCCCAGGGAAGACAGGGCGACCUGGAAGUCCAACUACUUCCUUAAGAUCAUCCAACUUUUGGAUGACUAUCCAAAAUGCUUCAUCGUGGGAGCAGACAAUGUGGGCUCCAAGCAGAUGCAGCAGAUCCACAUGUACCUCCGUGGGAAGGCCAUGGUGCUGGUGGGCAAGAACACCAUGAUCCGCAAGACCAUCCGAGGGCACCUGGAAAACAACCCAGCUCUGGAGAAGCUGUUGCCUCAUAUCUGGGGGAAUGUGGGGUUUGUAUUCACCAAGGAGGACCUUACUGAGAUCAGGGACAUGCUGCUGGCCAACAAGGUGUCAGCUGCUGCCCAUGCUGGUGCCAUUGUCCCAUGUGAGGUGACUGUGCCAGCAGCAACAUUGCAGACACCCUCCGGGAAGCGAGAGUGCAAAGUGUCCUCUGUGAUGUCCAGCACUUCAGGGUUGUAG